CUCCUUUUGAAUCAGAGCAAAGCCUCGUUGUUGAGAUGCACGAUCAUCAGUUUUCCGCCCUGACCACCUUGUCUGUCAGAGAGCGCCAUGGCCGCUUGUUAGAAAAACAUGAUAGAAAGCAGGCGGAUCGAGUGGACUAUUUAAACAACUUACCUCUAUUUUCGUUACACUCCAUCGGUGUCGACAUGCAACCCAAGCCUCACAAAUUAUUCCAGUAUGGUCUUUUGGCAGGACUAGCAACGGAACACUGCAUUUCUACGGAUCAAAGUGGUUCACAUGGAGGCCAUCGAGACAAACGGCUGUUCUUCAACACCACAGCACCCUCCAGCAUUUUCAUCUGUGGCUCCCAAGGAUCCGGCAAGAGCCAUACGUUGUCCUGUCUUUUGGAGAAUUGCUUGGCCCGCUCAGAUGCUGCAGUGCUACCAAAGCCGCUUUCCGCCUUACUUUUUCAUUAUGAUACAUUUAUAUCCGACGAUGGCGGCUCUCCCUGCGAGGCCGCUUUUCUAUCAUCCUUGCCCGGUAUUCGCGUAAGGGUUGUAUGCGCACCAACCAACAUCAACACCAUCCGAAGGACUUACCAACAAUUGAAUGUUGAUAUAAAUCCACUUCAAAUCGAUAGUGGUGAUCUCAAUACGAAGCGCAUCCUCGAUCUCAUGGCCGUCAAAUCAGAGGAAGGGAGUGUUCCACUAUACAUUCACACAUUAAAUCGCAUUUUGAGAGAGAUGCGGCUAUCUCAGCAAGCGACUGGUGCAAGGUUCAAUUACGAGACCUUCAAAUCAGAGCUACUGGCCGCAGACCUGACACCAGCUCAAUUGGCACCGCUCAACCAACGCCUUGCCACACUCGAGAGUUUUAUGCCAAGGCCAGGAGGCAGCGGCUCCUCAUGGGAAAAUCAGCCAGGCUUACUGACAAUUGUCGACCUCUCAUGCCCAUGCAUCGCACCAGAAACAGCUUGUUCGUUGUUUAAUAUUUGCUUGAGUCUGUUCCUCGAGCAAAGCAUGACUUGCGGUCGAGUCAUUGCACUGGAUGAAGCGCACAAGUACAUGACCGGAUCUCCUGAAUCUUCGGUGCUUACAAACACGCUUCUGUCGACUGUAAGGCUGCAAAGACAUUUGGGAGUGCGUGUGUUUGUGUCCACGCAAGAGCCAACCAUAGCGCCGUCUUUCUUAGACCUUUGCAGCGUUACCAUCAUCCACCGAUUUUCCUCACCAGCAUGGUUGCGAGCCCUCGCGGCCCAUGUUGCACUCAUGCAGCAACAGGGACCAAGUGGAGCCGAUUCUCAGGAUGGCCCAGCUAACAGCCGCAAAGAAACGCCACAGGAAAUUUUCGAGAAAAUUGUCCGCCUCGGAACCGGAGAAGCUCUUUUGUUUGCCCCCAGUGCGAUGUCAGCUAUAGGUAGUCUCAGCCGCUCAUCAACAACCGAAACUUCAGGGUCUUAUGUCCGAGUCAAAGUGAGGGCAAGGCUGUCAGAAGAUGGUGGACGGAGCGUCCUUGCUGAUUAG